CCCCGGCCGCGGCUGCGGGAGAGGCCCGGGCCGGAGUUUGCGGAGGGCCGAGCCCGGAGCGCGCGGGUGGCGGCGGCGGCGGCGCAGAGGUGAAGCAACAGACCCGGAGAAGUGGAGUGACUUGCCCAAGGUGACACAGCUAGCAAAAUGCUAAUCGGGUUGUCUGCACAAUCUCUUUGGAUUCCCAUAAGCACCUGGAGAGAGACAGGAAUUCCACCCAUUUUUCGACUGAGAAAACUGAGGCUCCAUCACAUGAAGUGACACUUGCCCACGACCACGCAGCUGGAUCAUUCUGGCUGCUCUGUUGACACAGACCGUGGAGGGCGAGGGCAGAAGCCGCCGACUCCCAGGAGGCAACUGCACUAGUGUAGAUCUCCAGAGUGCGCCCCCGCUUCUCGCUGCUCAUGCCGCUGGGACUGGGGCGGCGGAAAAAGGCGCCGCCUCUGGUGGAAAAUGAGGAGGCCGAGCCAGGCCGUGGGGGGCUGGGCGUGGGGGAGCCAGGGCCCCUGGGUGGGGGUGGGGCAGGGGGGCCCCACAUGGGCCUACCCCCGCCUCCCCCGGCCCUGCGGCCCCGCCUCGUGUUCCACACCCAGCUGGCCCACGGCAGUCCCACUGGCCGCAUCGAGGGCUUCACCAACGUCAAGGAGCUGUACGGCAAGAUCGCCGAGGCCUUCCGGCUGCCAGCUGCCGAGGUGAUGUUUUGUACCCUCAACACCCACAAAGUGGACAUGGACAAGCUCUUGGGGGGCCAGAUCGGGCUGGAGGACUUCAUCUUUGCCCACGUCAAGGGGCAGCGCAAGGAGGUAGAGGUGUUCAAGUCAGAGGAGGCGCUGGGGCUCACCAUCACUGACAACGGGGCCGGCUAUGCCUUCAUCAAGCGCAUUAAGGAGGGAAGCGUGAUCGACCACAUCCAGCUCAUCAGUGUGGGUGACAUGAUCGAGGCCAUUAACGGGCAGAGUCUGCUGGGCUGCCGGCACUACGAGGUGGCUCGUCUGCUCAAGGAGCUGCCCCGAGGCCGCACCUUCACGCUGAAGCUCACAGAGCCCCGCAAGGCCUUCGACAUGAUCGGUGUCCGCUCAGGGGGUGGCCGUCCUGGCUCUGGCCCCCAGCUGGGCACUGGCCGAGGGACCCUCCGGCUCAGAUCCCGCGGCCCUGCCACAGUAGAGGAUGUGCCCUCAGCCUUUGAGGAGAAGGCAAUUGAGAAGGUAGAUGACCUGCUGGAGAGUUACAUGGGCAUCAGGGACACGGAGUUGGCGGCCACCAUGGUAGAGCUUGGAAAGGACAAAAGGAACCCAGAUGAGCUCGCCGAGGCCCUGGAUGAACGGCUUGGUGACUUUGCCUUCCCUGAUGAGUUCGUCUUUGACGUCUGGGGUGCCAUUGGGGAUGCCAAGGUCGGCCGCUUCUAGGCCUCCCUCCAGACCUCUCAGUGACCUGGCUCUGCUUGGUGGGAGCCCCCAGUGGGAGGGCCUCCAUGGCCUGGACCCCAGCAUCCGGCUUGGACCUUGCUCAAGGGCCCAAGGAUGAUGCAGAGUGGCGGUGGGGCCCAGCCUCCGCCCCACUCCAAUCGGUACCACCCCUCCCCAGCUCCCACCCUGGCUGGGGUCCCCAGUCCCCCCUUGCCCUGCUCCCCACUUACCUCAGCCGAGUCAGGCGCAGGGAGGGGGGAGGGCCCAGCCAGAUGGGGCGGCCACCCUCCGCCCCCAACACUUUCCGCAUCAGCUGCCAAACUGGUCCCUCAUCUCCCUGGGGCCUGUUUGGGGGUCGUGACCUCCCUAGUUUCCUGCUGCAGGGAAUGCAGAAGGGGGGGCAUUCCCCCCUCAGCAAAUGCAAUAAUGCCCUCCUCCCCGCGCCCCACCCAGAGAGGAGCCCCCUCACCGUGGAGUCUGUUACCUCUGCAUCCGAAACACUAGUCUGCUGUGAACCCCCCAACCUCCCUGCCUCCCCUGCCCCGUGUCCCCCUCAGCCUAGCCCCAGACGGAAGGGGCAGGAGGGAGGAUGGUGGUGGGCAUUUUAUAUCUGAAUUUGCUGUCUUAAACCAUAAAGAAUCUAUCUGCUGUUGGA